GCUCUGAGAAACGCGAACAGCGCGUUGCGAUCCGAAUUGGACGCUCUGGAGAGCUUAAAGGACGAGCACGACAAGCUGAAAACCGAGCUGGAAGCUGUGAAAGCGGAGAACGCGAAUCUCCGCGAGGCCACGAAGAACCUGGAGGACCAAUACGGCAAGCUGAGAGGAGAAGGCGAUGGCCAGAAGCUAGAGAUCGACACGCUAAGAUCAAACUUGGACGCAGAGAAGGCA